GGCCACAUCCCACCCGUGCGCCAUGCUCUCUGCAACUUCUGCGGCGGUACCCGACUGACACCGUCGCAAUUCGCGCACGGAGCUACGGUGCGCCGUCGCCUUCCCCGUCCGGCCGUUAUCGAGGUCGAGCCCCUCUUCUGCUCGGUCCAUCCGAGCUCUCCGCCCCCCCCCCCCUCCCGAGAAGAAAUGGCGCUGAAAUUCGCUCUCCCGUUCCCCAUAUUCGCGCCGCCGUCGCCGCUGAACCCCGGCCCCGCCCCCGGCCCGAACGCGGCCCCGCACCGGCCGCCGCCGACGCUGACGCCGACGCAGGUCCGCUUCUCGCGGUGGAACAACGCCAACGCCGAGCGGUUCAACGAGCGGCGCAGGGCCCAGCAGGAGAUCGAGGACGACAUCCGCCGCGAGCGCCGCUUCAACUCCGCCACCAGGAUUUCCCAGGUCGACGACCCGGCUGCCGCGGGCGGCGACGCGGCCGUUUCCGGCUCGCUGGAGACCUUCCACUCCAGAGGCACGCCGUCUUCUCCGUCGACCUCUUCGAUUCCGGGUAAGAAAUCUAAGUACUCCAAGGACCGACACCCGGCUUUCAGGCGGAUUUCGCAGAUCCGAAGAACCCAAGAGGAGAAAAUUGACGCUCGCGGAGACCCAAUGGAUAGGAAGGCUAACGUCGUGUUGAGUGAGGAUGGGUUGUCUUAUGUCAUAGACGGGGCUCCGUUUGAGUUCAAGUAUAGCUACACGGAGACGCCGAAGGUGAAGCCAUUGAAGCUACGAGAAGCGCCCUAUGCCCCUUUCGGGCCCACUACCAUGUCGAGGCCGUGGACGGGGCGCGCGCCGCUGCCUCCGUGCAAGAAGAAGCUGAAAGAAUUCGAUUCCUUUCGGUUGCCGCCGCCCGGAAAGAAAGGGGUGAAGCCGGUUCAGUCGCCCGGCCCCUUCUUGCCGGGCAGGGGGCCGAGGUAUGUGAAGACGAGGGAGGAGAUAUUGGGGGAGCCGUUGACGGAGGAAGAGGUGAGGGAUUUGGUUAAUGGGUGUUUGAAGUCCAAGAGGCAAAUGAAUAUGGGUAGGGAUGGUUUGACUCACAAUAUGCUGGAUAACAUUCAUGCUCACUGGAAGCGGCGGCGAGUUUGCAAGAUAAAAUGCAAAGGAGUUUGUACAGUAGACAUGGACAAUGUGAAACAGCAGCUGGAGGAGCGAACUGGAGGGAAGAUCAUUUACAGUAAAGGUGGGGUACUAUACCUUUUCAGGGGCAGAAACUAUAACUACAGAACUCGUCCUCGCUUUCCGCUGAUGCUGUGGAAACCCAUUACUCCUGUGUAUCCAAGGUUGAUUAAGAGGGUUCCAGAAGGUUUAACACUGGAAAAAGCGACGGAGAUGCGCAAGAAGGGACGAGCACUGGCACCAAUAUGCAAACUUGGUAAAAAUGGUGUCUACUGUGACCUGGUACAAAAUGUAAGAGAGGCAUUUGAAGAGUGUGAAUUAGUCAGAAUAAAUUGCAAAGGGAUGAAUGGCAGUGAUUAUAGAAAAAUUGGCGCAAAACUCAAGGACCUAGUCCCGUGUGUGUUAAUCUCAUUUGAAGAUGAGCACAUACUUAUGUGGAGAGGAAGAGAGUGGAAGUCUUCCUUUCCAACUCCUGAAGUUUAUUACAAGGAUUAUCCGUCUAGUGUUGAUCGUGCACGUGAAGGAUCUCCUCUUCCAGUAAUCUCAGAACAGGAUGAAAAACAGGAAGUUCCUGGGAAAACCGGUCCUCCUUUUGUUCAAGAAAACGAGGUAUAUGGAGUUACUGAUGAAGAUUCAAUUUUGGGGGAGGUUGAUGGAAAUAAAAUCACUGUAGGCGGUGAAAGCAGUGAAGCAGAUGAAUCAGAAGGUGCAAAGAGCAUCGAUGCAGCUGUUGCUAUGCCUGAUGUUGUAGCCGAAGAAUCUGAGACCAUGGUGGAAACAGAGAGACUGCACAAUGUUUCGGAAGCUUUGCCUGAUCAAGUUCAACCAACUAGGUCAAUGCCACCUUGCUCGGAACAAGUGCUUUUACUGUUAAGGCAGGCUGUGGAGAACGGCAGUGCACUUAUCUUGGAUACUAAUUCAUUGGAUGCUGACACUGCUUACCAGAGGGCGGUUGCUUUUGCAAAGACUGCUCCACCUGGCCCCGUUUUCAGGCACCGACCUAGGAGAGCUGUGUCCAAGAAGAUUGUGAAGGAAGAAGAUGGAAAUGUAGAUGCUGAAGUCGAACCUUCUUCUACACGUACAGAGAGGGGGAAAAAGCAGAGUGAUCUGAAAAUUCAGAGGAAAAAAGAAUUUGAUGAACCCCACUUAAAUGUAUCACCUCUAGGAAGCUUGAGAGUUGAUGAGCUCGCCAAGUUGCUGGCAUGAGUUUUAAUGCUUGUUGACGUUUGAUGGGGAUCCAUGUAUCAACUCCUCCACAAAAUUUUGUCAACGUAAUUGAUAUUAAUCUCUGUUGAUUCUUCA